AUGCAUAUCAAGGAAAUGCUGGCGGAGGCCGAGAGGACCGGCAACCCGUCCUUCUCGUUCGAAUACUUCCCGCCCAAGACCGCCCAGGGCGUCCAGAACUUGUAUGACCGCAUGGAGCGCAUGUACAACUUCGGGCCCAAGUUUAUCGACAUCACAUGGGGCGCGGGUGGCCGGAUUGCCGAGCUGACUUGCGAAAUGGUGGUCCAGGCCCAGGCGUACCUCGGCCUCGAAGCCUGCAUGCAUCUAACGUGUACCGAUAUGGGGGAGGAGAAGGUUAACGAUGCUCUUCGCCGGGCCUACAAGGCCGGUUGCACCAACAUUCUGGCCCUCCGCGGUGACCCGCCGCGUGAGAAGGAAAAGUGGGAGGCUGCCGACGACGGCUUCCAGUACGCCCGCGAUCUCGUGGCUCAUAUUCGCAAAGUGUACGGCAACCAUUUCGAUAUUGGCGUGGCCGGAUACCCAGAGGGGUGCGAUGACAACAAGGACGAGGACCUGCUGCUGGACCAUCUUAAAGAGAAGGUCGACAUGGGUGCGACAUUCAUUGUUACACAAAUGUUCUACGACGCCGACAACUUUGUUCGAUGGGUGGGAAAGGUCAGGGAGCGUGGUAUCACCGUUCCCAUUGUGCCUGGUAUUAUGCCCAUCGCCACGUAUGCCAGCUUUCUGCGUCGCGCGAACCACAUGAACUGCAAGAUCCCCGAAGACUGGAUGGAAAAGCUGGAGCCUGUCAAGAAUGACGACGUGGCUGUUCGUGAUAUCGGCAAGACCCUUGUGGCGGACAUGUGCCGCAAGAUCCUUGGUGCUGGCAUUCGUCACCUGCACUUUUACACCAUGAACCUUGCUCAGGCCACCCGCAUGGUUCUGGAAGAGCUAGAUUGGAUGCCACGCCCCGAUCGCCCGCUCAAACAGGCCUUGCCCUGGAAGCAGUCGCUUGGGUUUGGGCGACGUGACGAGGAUGUUCGGCCGAUUUUCUGGCGUAACCGGAACAAGUCAUAUGUGGCACGUACUCAAGACUGGGAUGAAUUCCCCAAUGGCCGCUGGGGUGAUUCUAGGUCUCCAGCUUUCGGUGAGCUAGAUGCCUACGGCAUUGGGUUGACUGGGAGCAACGAGCAAAAUCGCAAGAAGUGGGGGGAACCGACCAGCGUGCGCGAUAUUGCGGAUCUCUUCAUCCGCUACCUGAACAAGGAGAUCGAAUACCUUCCCUGGAGCGAGGCCCCCGUUACGGAAGAGGCUGAUAUUAUCAAGAAUGACUUGAUUGAUGUCAACAGCCGUGGACUCAUCACCGUGAACUCACAGCCGGCCGUUAAUGGUGUCAAGUCGACACAUCCAAUCCACGGCUGGGGCCCGGGGAACGGUUACGUCUACCAAAAGGCCUACCUCGAGAUGCUUAUCUCGCCCGAGAUCUUCCCGGAAAUCAAGCGGCGGAUCGAAAACCACCCUGACCUCACCUACCAUGCGGUGACAAAAUCGGGCAACCUCCAUACCAAUGCACAGUCCGAGGGGCCUAACGCUGUCACAUGGGGCGUUUUCCCGGGCAAGGAAAUUGUCCAGCCUACCAUUGUGGAACGCAUCAGCUUCCUUGCCUGGAAGGACGAGGCGUUCCAAUUGGGCACGGAAUGGGCGCGGUGCUAUGAGACCGGCUCCUCCAGCCGCACUCUCUUGGACGAAAUCAUGAACACGUGGUACUUGGUCAACAUCGUGAACAAUGACUUCCAUGCGGGGCACACCAUUUUCGAUGUCCUGAAGGGGAUUCAAGCCCCAGGCUUAGACAAGGUUCCGGAGCCCCAAGCGAACGGUACCACGAACGGCGCUGCUAACGGCGUCGAAAUAUUGUCGUAA